AUGGCUUCCUCAUUGUUUCGUUUUGGCCUUCACGAUGAGACCAUAGAAGCUACUCGACUUCGUUUGAGAAGUCAUCCCAAUUAUUCUGCUUUGAACAACUGUUUGAGUGAGAGCUGUGGUUUGAUGAGCUCAUUUUGCCCUCAUUCUCACCCAUCUCAUCCUCAUCAUCAGCCUCAGCCUCAGCUCCUGGGUAACAACAUUGUUAACCCUAACAUGAGGCUCAUUUCUUAUCAAAACCAACAACCUCUCAUUUCCCACCAUAUGCCUAGAAGUAGGGUCCACAUACACACAUUCAUAGAUAUUAACGAACCAGCAGCAGCUCAAGGCCUAGGAGGCAGCCCUCAUCUUCUUCUUUCUCAGCCGAGCAGAAACAGCCCUCAUCUUCUUCUUGCUCAGCCGAGCAGCAGCAGCUCUCUGAGAGCCCGUCAGGAGGUUCUGAGAAGUCAACUUCUCAGUGCAACCUCAAACGCUGAGCGCUUUCUUGGCCAGUCCAUUUUCCCAAACCCUACUUCUUCUUCUUCUUCUUCUUCAGUCCUCCUAAACACCAACCCAGUGAACCGUCACCAUCCAAUUCAUUUCGGUACUAAUAACACUGCUGGUUCUACUAGUAGAGUUAACAAGAGAGCCGAAGCCUCAAGCAGUCAUGCCCCUUUUAAUUUUCAAAGACCAAAAUAUUUUAACAACUAUGGUCAUAUAUUUCCUUAUCGUUCUCAAAACUCCCAGCCGCCAACAGUAAUUUCUAUUGAGAGUGAUGAUGAUGUUUCUUCUUCUGAUGAUGAACCUAUUGUGGCUGAGCCAAUCAGUGUUUAUAUCCCAACACCUCAACCCAAACCAAGUGUGUAUCAAAGCAAAGAACCAACACCUGAAGCGCCAACAAACUUUCGAAAUCUUAACUCUCCAAAUUCUGAUGAUGCUCGUCGGGAUCAGUCCAAUGGUGAGAGAGAGCUGCCACCAUCCGCUGGCGACGGUGACGUUGGUGAUUUAUUAGUUGUUCCUGAUGAGCAUGUUGAUCAGGUUGCUGUUUGUGAUCUGGGAGACGGGAAAACACGCAGCCUAAAACACGACAAGAACGGGCCGUACACCUGCUCCAAAUGCAGGCGGGUCUUCGAGACGUCGCAGUUCUUUGCCUCUCACUCAAGGUCCAUUCACCCCAGGAGCCCUGAAGAGAUAGCAAGAGGAGAAGCACUGAAAGCGGACAGAAAAAGCAAGAAGAGGGUUCCCAGGAAAGAGAAAAAGCAAGAACCAAAGAGGAAGAAAGUGAAUAAGAAGAGUGCUUCCAUGAAAGAGAGAGAUCCAGAACCAAAGCAGAAGAGACCUAGAGUGAGUAAGAAGAGUGUGACCAUGAAAGAGAAAGAUCAAGAGCAGGUUGUUGCAGCUUCUGGAUUUGCAGGAUAUGGAUCUGGUCGAGAAGACCGCACAGUCACUAUCGUGUUGCCUCAUGGUGAGAGCUAUUCCCAUGAAACAAUAAGAGCAAAGAAGAGGAAAGCCCGUAGUAUGAAUGUUCCGGCUGCAGUUGCACCAGACUCUGGAGGAGCAGGUGAUGGUCAGGUGGGUGUCAAGAUUGGAAAGAAGAAGGAUAGCGAGAAGGCUGGACCUUCUGGAUGUGGUGGAAUUGACUUUGAGGGCCUAUAUGAGGUUGAGGUGCAGAUGGAACAGAAAUAA